UGAGAGAGUUAUACGAAGUAAAGGAGUGAGACGGAGGCCGCAAGCACACUAGUAGAACCACGAGGGCGAGGCGAACAGAGAGGGAAAGAGGACGGUGUCGCGAGUAUCUAACCUAGGAUAGUGGUGUUUAGCAGUGGCUAGGCUAGGCAAACUCCGAGUUGCCGCGUCGACUGCGUUCAGUGUUCCUUCUUCGAGUGAACUGCUCAUUGCACCACUCUAUAUAUUCGCUCCUAAAAAAAUUGGUACGAAUUUUUUCGGGACUUUUUUUUUAUCAAAUUCAACCCACGUUAAUUCAUUAAGUGACUCUUUUUAUACUUGCUUCGAUCAAGUAGAUUUUUUGUUUGUGAUGAUGAUGUUAAUGAUGAUGCUGAUGGAUAAUUGUUGAGUGUCGUAAAAAUGUUUUUAUUGUGAAUUUCAACGAAUUGUUAUUUUCUUUUUUUUUAUGUUUGGUAUUUAAUUAUUUUGUAUUUAUGCUAAUGUUGAUUGUUACAAAUUCCUGGUGGUUGGAAUUUUUCAUUAAUUACUGUCAACAUCUGCCGAUCUGACUGAGAAAAUAUACCAUCGUUUCCUUAAUUUGAAUCUUGUGUGACGUAAACAGUGCCCUCUCUUCCAUCGUUAUAUGUAUAUGUAGCAAGACGUGUUAUACAAAUAUAUCCAUCACAAAGAUCCAUAAUUGAAACAACGGUUUUCUAAAUAUUUUGUAUAUUGCUCCAAUUUUGACCUUGUGAAUUUCAUCAAUUGUUUAUGCUUGGAAAAGUAAAACAAAAUUUAGUUAUACCAGUGUGGGACAAAUGCAAGUGCUGACAGUGGAAGCAUAAGAUUAGUACACAGUUGUUGGUGAACCUGAACGGUCAACGUGUUUUAAUUCAAACUUUAGUGUGUUUCUUACUUAAUAAUUAUCAUUAUCAUUCUUCAUUUUCGGUUAAUCGUGAGAGAAGCUGGGAUCCAGCUGACAGCGAGUAGAGGAGAUUUGUCGGUGGUUUUGAAUGUUAGAAGGCGCGGGGGUGGCUAGAAAGGCCCCGCCGCCCGGCACGGGUCUCGAUGCCGGUCCCCGUAUCACAAACGCUUACGCUGACCUCCAGCCUUGUCCCCAAGGAGGAAUCAAACAUGCCCUUCAUAGACGACGAACUGUUAUGGUGCCCUGACAAUGAUGGCCGAAUGGUUGAUUUAACUCAAUGUCUUCAAGAAAACAAUACAGCUCAGUCUGUAGAGUUUUCGACGAUGGAAUUGAGUGCUCUUGUGAGUGCACCAAGCGCUUCCAAUGUAUCUUCUGAGGAUGGUGAAGGCAUUUCGAAUGUUAGUGAAGAACCUUUUGAUACUAUAGAUACAUUUUUAAGAGAAUUACAAGCUGAUUUGGCCGAAGCCAAUCAACCAACGUCGACAACGGCGCAAAUUAGUUUGGCCAAUUCGUGUAGACGGCAAAGGUACAAUAUUGCUGCUGCAAAUCCUCUUUUAGCUGAAAAAUUAGCUGCACCUUCCAUACAAGUUUCACCGGUAUCUUCAACAUCGUAUGCAGCCAGAGCAGAAAUCAAGACGGAGGAAAAUAUCUUACCGGAACCCAGUAAAGUGGACACGAGGGAAAUACAGGCACCUCAUGAUUCGUCACGAGAGGAUGAAGCUAUGGGUCUUGCAACAGUAAAAGCUGAGCCAGGUAGCACAACAGGAGCUCGUUUACUUCAUGGGAUAUUGUCACAGCAUCCUCAACAGCAUAGCCUUGGUAUUCCAAGUGGUUAUACAAGACAUUUAACAAAUCAUGUUCAAUUAGGACAACCUCCCUAUAGCACAAACGCUAUUCCUACUACAAAUACACCAGGAAGUGGAUCACUGCCAGCAAGUCCUGCCGAUAGUGGAGUCAGUGAUGUAGAGUCUAGUACAUCAUCUGGUGGCAAUGAGGACGCAAAUUUAUUGCUCAAAGCGAGACUCAACCCAAACUCAUCCCUCCAAUCGAGUCUCGGAUCACACCACUCUCACUUGCCGUCAGCAGCUAUUGCUAGAUCGGCUUGUCACAGUCCUGGAGUUUACUCAACAUCAACAGGAUUCUUGCCACCUUCUUACCAUCCCCAUCAACACCAUCCUUCCCAAUACCAUCCCCAUCGAGGAAGUUCGCCGCAUCAUCCUCACAAUGGCCAUGCAAUGCCAUCAACUAUGGGACCACCACAUCAUCACCAUCACCAUCACCAAACUCAAAGUCUUCAGCAUCUCCAUUAUCGCCAGCCAUCGACGUUAACGGAAAGCUACAAUAGUUAUGUAAAUUCAAUGUACAGUGGAAGUGGUCAAUUCGCAACGCCGUGUACACCAAGUCCCCCACGAGGACCUGGUGGAGUACCAACAAGUGUAAUUCAAGCAGCAACGAGUUCUGUAUCAGACGAUUUGUAUCUUUUAGAACUUGGAUUCCCUCCACGAGCAAAGAAAAACAAGCUGAAGAAGGCACGACAGGGAGAAGGUGCAACAGUCAAGAGGAAAUCUCGCGAAGGUUCUACGACUUACUUGUGGGAAUUUCUUCUCAAGUUGUUGCAAGAUAGGGAAUAUUGCCCGAGAUAUAUAAAGUGGACAAAUCGUGAGAGGGGUGUUUUUAAACUUGUUGAUAGUAAAGCUGUUUCACGACUGUGGGGUCUGCAUAAAAAUAAACCAGACAUGAAUUAUGAGACAAUGGGAAGGGCAUUGAGAUACUAUUAUCAGCGUGGAAUACUCGCUAAAGUUGAUGGACAAAGACUGGUCUAUCAAUUUGUUGAUGUACCAAAAGAUAUUGUAGAAAUUGAUUGUACAGGUGCGUGAGAUGAGGCUUGGAAUAUUAUAUGACAGAAACGUACUACGCUAUUUGGACAAGUUGACUGGUUCAAGAUUGUUGAGCUCUUCCUGCCAAAAAGUGUCAAAUAGCUUUGGCACAUCUCUUAAAACAAUGCAGUACCCUCUCUGACUCCAUUACAUUUCAUAUUCUAGCUGUUAUUUUUCUCAAGUAAAAGCAUCGAAUCCACUAUUUUCACAUUUUUGUCCUUGUCCAUGUAAAGGACAUUAUUUAUAUAUACAGAUUACAUAAUACCUAUUGGUUUUAUAUCGUUCGGUGAAAUUUUAUAUGAAACUCAACGACUUAUUUCAUUAAAUUAUGUAAAUGGAGAUGAACAUUUUAACGUAACUUGAAUGGUGCUCGUAUUGUUGUAACUCUUUAAAAAAAAAUUAUCGAAAAAAAUAUUUAAAAAAAGAGAAAGAGAGAAGGAAAAUAGAUGGAAAAUUUAACAGGCAAUUUACUUAAACUCAUCUAGAGUCUAGAAAAAAAAAAAAAAAGAAAUUGUAUAUUUAGAUUCAAGAAAUUAUUUAUUGUAUAUUUGAUAACUUUAUAAAAAAAAUUAAAAAAUUGUUGUUGGAAAGAAAUUAUAGAGAAAAAGGAAUAUGGAUAAAAAAAAUAAUUUGAAAUAUAACGAAAUGUGGGCUGUGAAAUGGUUGAAGAUAAAACGUUUGAAAGUUUUUGGGAAGAGGGCUAAUGUACAUGAUGUCUGAAUGCGUGUGGAUAAUUGUAUGAAUGUUGCAAAAAAAAAUUAGGAAGAAAAUAAAAAAAGAAAAGUGUGAGUUAGGGAGCUAGAGCUCAGGGAGGGUUACACAGUAUAUUUUUAAAUGAAUAAAAAGUUUAAAAAAAAAAAGAGUGAUGUGGUAAGAAUAUUUUAAUGAACUGAGAGAGUUUAAAGGUGUAAGUUGGUGCUGGCUGAUUAAUAAAAUGAGGUCCAAGAAUGUGUUAUUGAGCAAUCUAUUCUGUUAUUGGUUGGUAAAGAAAAAAAAAUAUUGAAACAGACAUUAUCUAAAUUUGUGUAUAUAUUAUAUAAAAAGUACAUGUUUAGUAAGUUUUAUUAAAAAUAAAAUAAUGUAUAUGAUAAAUAAUAUAAAAUAUAUAUUGGAUAUAUAUUGUACGUUAUGUUGUAAAUUGUGAGUGUCGAUGUGUCUCUGUGAGAUGUAUUACACCACAUCAGGGAUCAAGGACGAGGAUGCAUGCGAAUAUUCAGAUAAUAAUGAUAAUGAAAUCGUCAAAGUACAACAUUUGUACCAAUCUCACACUUGACCAAUGCUCAGAUUAAUUAAUUCCUUAACAUUAAUGUCAAAUCAAGCGAUUGCAUUCAAUAGCGCACAUUGAGAAAGCUUCCAAGUUUUUAUACGAAGCAUUAUAUAUUGUAUAAUAAGUGCGUUGCCUCUCCCUGAUCAACCUGGGAUAAUGUAAUAAUAUUAAUUAACAUUUAAGUAAAGUUUAUUAUAUUAUUUAUUCACGCACUGACUCGCGUCGUGAGCUUUUUAAAUAAAUAUGUCUCAUAGUAACAAUUUUGUAUAUAAAAAUUAUUAAAUGAGAGGUAAAGCAAAUAUCUAUCGGAAAAAAACUAUAAAUAAAUAGUUAUAAUUGUUGUUUCAUAUAAAGACAAAUGAAAAUCUGUGAAUGAACAAUUAAGUAAUUAUUAAAAAAAUUCUUGGAUACGUAACGUACCCAGUGUGUUACCUAUGCCAAUAAAAAAAAAACAUUUUUAUUGAUUAAAUGAUUAUAAAAUAAUUGGGUAUGUAAACGUACAGCUCAGCAGUGCUCUCUGAAUGUAAAUUUUUUGUUUCUUUUGUUUAUAGCCUUGAAUUUUUUUUUCUGUUUAUCUAGUUACAGUUUAAUGCAAUACUGUACACUGAUCUUAUGCUGCCAAUAAUGCCUGUGACGAUCCCACGCAUUUUCAACAAGAAAAUUUGAUAUAAAUAAUUAAUGAAUAUUAACAAUAUCAUAGAAAUGGUAAUGAUAAUAAUUAUGAUAAUGAAAAGAAACAUAAUAAAAAGAUAUAGAAGUCAUAACAAUAAAUAUUCCGGGACGCCAGACAUACUAAUGAUACAAAGCAAAUUGCCUUUAUGUAAUUACAAAGACAAAGUUGCCUUUUAAAAGAUGAAAAAAAAAAUCCUUUAUAAA